AUGGAAGCCCUUAUCCCCGCCGAACAGCUCAAAGCACUCGUCGACCUUCUUCAAGAGCACCUUAGCGAAAUCUUCUACGUCGAACAACGCAUCGAAGAUUUGAACGAACUCUUCGCUGCGCACUACCCCGAGCAAACCGCCAAAGCUCGGCAUUUCCUGCAUUUUCUCACACGCGAGAAGCGGGAGGUCCGCGCCAGGCUCGAUGCCGCCGAAAAUAAACGGAUGGCUGUUCUUGACGAGAUCUACAAGCUGAGCCCGGGGGUGACGAUUAUCGGUAGUGAGGGCAUGGGAGAUAAUUUUUAUAGGGAGCAACAGAGACUCAGUGAUCCGGUUAUUAUGGAGGGGUGGGGGAUGAUGAGGGGUGUGCCGAAUAGGGAGGACGAGGACAUAGGGUUUUGGACGUCGAUGUGGGAGUUCAUGGAGUUUUCGGUGUAG